ACCAAUCUGGUCAGCACUCUUGCUCUGGACAUCAAGAUCCCAUCUGCCAGGCUGUACCAAGACACGCAGCAUGCUCUCCUGUACAACAUCUCGCAGCAGAUCAACUCGGCCAUCGGCAUCUACCUUGGCGAUGGCGUGGGUGACUCGAGCUCUACGGGAUCGUCUGAUGGAUCUGGCAGCACCGGAUCGUCCUCGGGCAGCGGCAGCGACGGUGGUACCUUUGCCAACACGUCGGCGUCCAGCACGUCUUCCAAUCAGAAGGCCAAGACGGUGGGCAUUGCCGUCGGAGCCUGCGCACUGGCUGGUGCCUACGGUGGUGCCAUGUUCCUCAUUGCCCGUCGGUACAAGAGAAAGAGACUUGCGCGUACCCGGUCCAGCUCCCUCUCGAACCCUUCGAUGCGCCAAACAGGCAGCCCUGCCCUGAUGGGUGGUGCGCUCAUGAGUCGGGAAUUCUCCAACUACGGAGCCGUCUCUGGCGGCGGCGGCGGCGGCGCAGCAGGCGGGCGUGACAGCCAGACCAGUGGCAGGAGCAACAUGAACAACUCGGGCCGCACAGCCUACAUCUCUGCUCCUGUCGCGGCGGAGAACUCGCUUGGAUGGAACUGA